AGAAAAAAACCUUAAGUGUCAAGUCAUGAGGAACCGCAGCGAGUUAAACGUCAACCGAGAUGUUUUCACUUUACGCAGCGCUGACAGUGAGACUUUCGGUCACAUGAUGUGAAGCCUCCAGCCCGUAAGGUGCUGCCUUUUCUCCAGGAAACAUCCUGCUGCUUUUCACGGGAGGGAUUAAAACUGGAAAGGCCCACACAUGCUGAGUUUGAAGCUCAAAUUUGACCUGCACAGAGAUGUGGUGUCCGAUCUUCUCAGAAAGGAGGCGUCUGUCUGCAGAGUCAAAGAAUACUCCGGAGAGGUGGACACUCGCAUCCUGAACAUUGAGAGGGAUGGGGGCAUCCUCUACUCCUGGAAGGGAGCGACAGGUACCACCAGGAUCGGGAAAUUUGACCCCGUCACCAGAAACAAUAAGCUCCUCUACACGUUUGACAAGCAGGUGUGUGUCAGCAGCUGUUCCCUGAACAAGGACGAGACGCUGUUAGCUGUCAGCUUGGCUCAAAACACCAGAGGAGGGGAGCGACUCAAACCAAUAUCAAAGUGUCUCACUCUCCUGAUUGAGAUCCAUCCCAUCAACAACACCAAAGUCCUCAAAGCGGUGGACUGCAGAGUCAAAGUGCAGUUCCUCCACCAAGACUCCAGCAGAUCAGUGCUGGAGAGCCAUCUGCUGCUGUUGACUGAAGACGGAUAUGUGGAUCUAUACCAUGUGCUGCUGACCAAACAGGAGGGCUAUAGAGUCGUGAUGGCAAACCCCGAUCGUUUGUCCAAAACAGCCGAGAGGAUAGUGGAGGAUCUCUGCUGGGUUCAGUGGGACGGACACACACAGAGACUGUACUAUAUCACACACAAGGAGAGGUUCCUGCUGCGGUGUGUUCAGUUUCACCCCGCCCAUAACUGUGAGACCGUGUUGGAGCUCCCACUAGAGUUGCCUGCCAAUCCUUUCCACACAGUCAAGUUUGCAAAUCUGGGUUUUGACCACUAUCACACUGAAAGAGCAGAGAAAGAAGUUGUGAGGAUGCACAUCUUCACAAACAGGAUAGAAGGUAGCAUGUGUGUGUGCUACAGCCAGCCCGCCGGAGACAAGCAGGAACUGAUCUACACUGUGGUUUUAGUCCACAAAGACUGCAGCAAGAAGUUCAGAGUGUCGCUGGGCGGCGACGAGCCGCUGCAGAAAGCCUCGCCGCUCCAUCCGCUGUUCAUCCCUAUAGGUUACUACGUGGUGGUGUAUCUGCGGGGAUAUUUCCUCCACUGUAUCAACACCAGGCAGCAAGAGAUGCUCUGUCAUUCCCUAUUCCUGUCUGGUCAUGGCGUCGGCCCGGUCCUGCGGGGUCAGUCGGAUGUGUUGACGGUGCUGCAUGCAGAGAGCGAGCCGGGCGGCCGCGUGCUGGACCUGGCCGCUGGGACCAUCCACACUGCUGAGCUCAGCUCGGCCUACCUGCUGCAGAUACUGCAAUCAAACACAAGCCCGAGGUGCCCCAGCAGCUGGACUGACCCCCAGCGCCUGGCUGCCCUCCACUGCCUGCUGGUUUACAUGGGAAAUGACCCAAACCUGGAGCUGAAGAUCAUUGAGUGGCUGUGUGACAACGUCAACACCUUCCAGACCUUCGAUCAGAUCCAGGAGUUCAUUUUAGCCUCUUUGUACCGAAUCAGCUUUGAAAAGUCUCUGGGCUUGGAUAAAGUCCUCCCCUACUCCUCUGUGUUCGAGAAGAAGGAGCUCCCAGCGAGCUUGUUGGAGGUCCCAGGUGUGUUUUGUACCAGCGAGUCGCAUAUUGAAUCUGUCAUCAAAGGCAAGACCAGGAGUCUCCAGGGCUUCUGGUCAGAGCUGCAGUGGAACACAGACAGGACGAGAAACCUGGACGCCGGUCCCAAUCCCAGAUUCAGGAGCUCACACACGGCGGCUGAUUGGAACAAGGCGAGAUCCGAGAUGAGACCCUCCAGCCACCACUUGGAGGAGAACACAAAGAAAGUUCUAUCAAUGGUGGACACCUGGUGUCUGGAUAAGAAGCUGGUGCCACUUUUCCAGGAGGAGGACCAUCAACAGAGGGCACUCAUCGGCCUGACAGUGGAUCGGCUUCGAGAGCACCUCAACAGACACCUGCCCCGACUGGGCAAGAAGAAGAUCGACUCGCUGGUUGUAAACUACGUGGCCAAACUGCUGGAACUCAUCAGGCACAUGCUGGAGUCGGUCUGGCUGAAGCACAGGCUCGGGCCUCGUGUUCUGUCCCUGACACAGCAGGGCAGUCCGGCUGAAUGGUCGGUCUUUCACUUCAUGUCUCGGAUCCUGGAGUCCGUUCAGAGUCUCUGCUUACCCCUCCCACCUGGCUAUCACACCAUGUUGGCGGUGUUUGCCGUGCGCUGCCUCCCCCGCCACGCCUUCCUGCAGUACGUCGACCACGGCUUCCUGCAGCUCACCGAGACCUUCGUGUCCCGACUCAUGACAGAUCUGGACAACAGCGACGCCAACGAGAGACUGAAGUUCAGCAUCCUGAAGAGACUCCCCCAGCCUAUGGAGCGCCGGAUCUACCACAUGUGGGAUCAUCCCGUCAGCUCGGCCUCCAUCUCCAGAGAUUACGUCAAGACCCUGCUGGAGAAGCACGACAAGAAUAAGGGAGUUCAGUGCACCGGCAGAGACAAGCCGGGCUUCAGACCCGAGUUCCUACCUCUCACCCAUGUGGCAAGAAUACUCUCUGAUAUAGAGGAACAAGCUCUGAACCCGUUCGAGGAGCAGGAGAACGUGGACGCCCGCUUCGUGGAGGAGACGGCGCUGAAGCAGACGCUCAUUCUGCUGGGCUUCGAGGAAAAAUGAAGAAUGGGGAGAAGAUGGCGGGUGGAGAGCGGGGAGCAGAUGAGGGGGAAAAUGUGUUCGAGGAGGAGGAGGAGAGGCCCGUCAUCAUCGACUGGGCCUUGAGGACGAGUAACGCCUGGAUGGGCGGAUGAUGGAAGGACGGACGGCGGGAAAUGAGGAAUGAAUGGAUGUACUGAAAAGCGGAGAAGAAGUUCUCACAGUUGGAUGAUAAAUGAGGGACGGAUGGAUGGAGGCGCCUGGACCAACAGCCGGAGGGGGAGAAAAACAGGCAGCCGGCUCGCCUCCUCGUUUCAGGAAAAAAAAAAAGCGAGACGGGCCGGGAUGAAGCUCCCUGAUUUCUAAAACAAUACGUGGA